ACAGCAAAAUGCCGGUAAGAUCGUAAUAUCCGUGGAAAACUUUCCCGAUAACAUUCAUAUAAUUUAAGACACUAUCUCAAUUAAUGCACACCGAGAAAUAGCCGGUAAAGAACGGCUGGAUACAGCGUUAAACAACAACACCAUAAUAAAUAAUAAUGAUAUCGACACAUCACCACGUAAUGUAAAAGGUUUCACAAGCUUUACAUCCACAUGCCGGUAUCCUAACAAACCAUGCACGCAACCACCAAUCCUUCUACUAUUGCUACUGUACCUGUGUGCCAUAUGCUCUGUCGCGAUGGAAAUUCUAUGGAAAAUCAUUAUGGACAAAGAAACCCGCUGCAAUGUCCAAGUUGAUGGAGUGGUUAUUGGGAGGAGGCUUGUUUCUUGGAGUGUGGUCAGCCAUUGCAUUUGAAUAUGUUCAGCUAAAUUUGUCAUCCUCAUCACAUUUUGUUGUUCUUGCACUUCCUAUAUAUCUCCUCAUUGGUUUUGCUUGUUAUUCACUUGCUGUGAUAGGCUACAGGGUUGCCACUUUUAACGAUUGUGCUGAUGCUGCAUCUGAGCUUCAAAAGCAAAUAAAUGAUGCAAAAGAAGAUUUGGCACGAAAGGGAUUCAAGUUCUCCUGAUGGUGGACCAUUAUUAAAAACAUUGUUGUGCACUGUAUAUUCUCAUUAUGUAAAUAUUUAAAUAAACUAUGAAGUUCA